AUGGGUAAAGAGCAAAAGCAAUUUGUGAUGAGCAUUUUUCUCUACAAGUGUGAAAACCUAAUGGCCGCAGACAUGGACGUCGUCGGUGGCAAGAGCGCCCCGUAUGUCAUCUUUACACUUGACGGUGCGACCAAAAAAAGCUCGUGCAUCACAAACAACUUGAAUCCGCAAUGGUCACCACCUGAAAAAUUUGAAUUUGAAUUGAACGAGUGGGAGAAUAAGUUUCUCGUCGUGCAAGUGUUUGACUACGAUCGACUGAGCAAGGAUGACCUUCUUGGUUCGGCGGUAAUCCCCUUGGCGCUUUAUGCAGGCAACCGACACGGCGGGAUGUACAGCUAUCCGUUGGUAUUGCCGGAUGAGCUGGGUGGACUAGGAGCUCCUAAAAGCGACUUGUUUUUGCAGAUUAGUUUACGGACCAGGGAUGGCAAUCCCGUCGAGUAUUACUACUACUAG